AUGUCUCUAAAGGAUGUUCUGAUCCGGUUCGAAGGUGUAGAAGAAUGGGAGGAGACACGCGACGAGGUUGAUAAGAUACUUCAAGAACUUACUGGAACCGACGAAUACCCCUCAACCAGGUCAUUACCUCCAAUUAUUUUUGGCGCUCAGCUCGAUGAAGACGGUAUGGAACGAUUGAGACGCCUUGAUGGAGUAAUUGUCCAAGUGCCUGAGGAAGAGGAUGAUGAUUAA